AUGCACCCUUCACGACGUAGUGGCCCGGUUACCGAUUUACACAAUGCUCAUACAGUUUCAACAUUGAUGAGAACAAUGACAACGUCAACAUUACCAUCACAACGUUCUCAACGUCACUCCUCUCGAUCGAGACUGACUGCAGAUGGAACAUUUCCAGUUCGAUCAUCAAGUAUUCAUCAGAUGGACAGUCAUGAUCACGAAUACGAACGACCGUCUCGAACGUUCGAUGCUGUUCGUUCAGCGGAUCUACUUGCACUGGAAAUCAAACUCAGCAGUAAUGAAAAGGUCAUCGCUCAUCAAAAUGCCCAAAUUGAAAUGUUACGUGAAACCAAUCGAACGCUAGAAAGGCGACUGCACGAAUUAUCGGAUCUUAAACGUGAUUUAUCCAAUAAGCAAUAUGAAGAACGUUUGAAAAAUGAUGAUCUACUUCGAGAUCUUCAUGAUAUCGAUCGUUUAGCACGAAAAGUUCAAGCAGAUAAACAAUACACCGUUGAUGCUGCGGACCGAGAACUAACUGAAGCCAAAAUGGAAAUCGAACAAAAUCAUCGUGAAAUGCAAGCACUCGAUACAAGACUUGUCCAUUUAAGCACGGACAAAAAGAGUCUUAUCGAAGAACUUGCAAUAAUGAAGAAUCAGUUCGCGGAUUGUAAUAAUGAACUUCUUCAUCUGCAAGAUAUCGUAGAUCGUUUACAAGCCGACAAAGGCAAACUUAGUCGACGAGUGUCCAAACUGGUUCAAAAUGAAAAAGAACUACUUUACGAGUUGCAAAGAUGCCGCCGUACGACUAAACCUCCCACUCCGUCCGCAUCUGGUGGCGCAACAUCAAAAAAACUUUCGCUUCCUGCUCGACUUGAAAUUCACCUUCGAAAUAUCGAAGACGAACGUGAUAUGUACAAAAACGAAGUGGAAAUUUUACAAAAGCUGCUCAACAACCAUCCACGUUGUGUUUCAUCGUCAUCACCAUCUUCUCUGAGAGGUCGGUCGUUGUCCCCGUCCGUUGCUACACGUGGAUCUGGUCGUCGCGACACAGCCACAUCACCUAUGAUGCAUUUGAUCAAACGAUCAGCUAGUAGUAUUAGUACAUCACCAACACGUUGUACUGUAUGUGGAAUUAAUCGAAAUCGAUUAUCACCAGCGAAAGAUGUGAAUCCGUAUGAAACUCAACUAAGAAAUGUCGAAGACGAACGAGAUCGUUUUCGACGAGAGUUACAUAAAUAUAAACGAUCUACGAAAGACAAAGAUUCGACUGAUGCUCAGUUAUCAAAAGCAUUACGAGAAAAAGAAGAUUUACAAUUACUAUUAAAUAAAUUUGAGCGACAUAUGGCUGAGAUUCAAGGUAAUAUUAAAGUGCUCACAAAUGAACGAGAUAGUACAAAUAUACUUUAUGAACAAGCGAAAGAAGAUUUGCAAAAAGCUCGACUUGAACUUCUACAAAACUCACAAACACCGAAAGUUUCUUUGGCAGCCCAAUCCAUUUUGCGAAAAGUCGAAAAUGAACGCGAUUCAGCGCUUGUCGAAGCACGAGCUGCAGCGAGUGAACGAGAUUCUUUACGCGAACGUCUACGAGUCGCAACCGAUGCUGGACUAACCGAACGAGCACGAAAUGAACAACGUAUCGAAGAUCUUGAAGUUGACUUACGCAAACUCGAACAUGAUCGUGAACAAAUCAUUCAACAGAACCAUUCCUUACGUGAACAAAUUCGCGAUUUAGAAAAUCAACUCAGCGAACGAUCAUUUGCCAUCACUCAGCUGAAUCAAGAGCUAGAUGAUCAAAAGAGUGCUUCCGCGCAGUUACGAUAUCUCUCCGAAGAAGCUGAACGUCUUGUUCAAGAAAAUCAGCGACAAUUGAAUCUGAAAAAAGAUGAACUUCGAGCACAAGAAGAGAAAAUUAUCAAGUUGGAAAAGAAAAUUUAUGAAUUGCAAGAAGCAAAUAAGGCAUUGAAAGACGACUUUCUCGUCGUGAGAAAUACUGUUCAAACACUCGAUAAAGAAAAAGAGCAUCUAUGCGGUGUUAUUGAUCUGAGAGCCGAUGAAAAUCUACGUCUAACACAAGAAAUCAAUGCAAAAAUACGGCGAAUCGAAGAACUGAACCGAAUAGUGUCCGAAUUAGAAUCUGCUCUAGAUCGAACGAAUGAAGACGCCAAACAAAAAUCGAAAGAAAUCACAACUAUCAGAAUUCAAAUCGACCGAAAUGCUGAGGAAUCCAGCGAGUAUCGACGUAAAUUAGAACUCAGUCUACGUGACAAUGCACGACUCCAAGAUGAACUUCUAAACACGGCACGCGACAAUCAAAAACUCCGUCAAGAUUUCGAACGUGCUGUCGAUGAUAAAGAGAGUCUGAAAUUACAAAUCCAAGAAUACAUCAAACAAGUUUCGAACUGCGAUAACAUCAUUGCUCAAAAGGAAAAUGAUCGAACCACUUUAAUUGAACAAUAUCGCGAAGCAAGUAAUGAAUUAAGUCGUGCGAAACUGACUCUCGCUGAUAUCGAAUCGCAUGCAAAUGAUCUUAAACAAGAACUACAAACCAAAUCUGCAGAUAUCAAACGUUUAACAGAACGUAUCAAUUUUCUCGAACGAGAUGUUCAUCAUCAUGCAACAGUCGGUCAAGAAUAUGAAAUUCAAUUAUCGAAUAUGAAUCGUUCACUUCAACGUAGUGAAGAAAUCAUCAAAAAAUUACAAUCAGAUAAACAAGAUCUCUUAACGGAUGUGAACAGUAUUCGUGAUCAUAAUUCUUCGAUUGAAAGCAAAAAAGAGCAAAUCAUGCGGCAAUUGACAUCGAUUGAGUUAGAAAAUGAUCAAUUACGAGCCAUCAAUGGAGAUAUGAAAAUUGAAAUCGAUAUGUUACGUACACAAAUUAGUAAUGAAAAAGCGGUUGUACAAAGUCUAGAAGAAUUAAUCAAUUCGUUACGUGAAAAAGAAUUUCAAGCACAAAUAAAUGCGAAAGAACGAGAGUCGGAAUUACAUAUCGCGAAAGAUCGUGCAAAUCUAAGUGAUCUGAAAGUACAUACUCAAAGUAAAGAGGUCGCUGCAUUGCGAACUCAGAUUCUUGGACUGGAAUCAGAUAUCAAACGAUUAAAAAGUUCACUAUCCAAUGAACGACAUGAAAAGGAAAUGGCAAUGCAAGAUCUACGAAGACUGAAUGAUCGUUCCGCACAUAUUGAAUACGAUAGUCGAUAUCGUAGUGCAUCACCUCGAAUAACCACAUCAACUUCCAAUACAAAUCUUCAUCGAUCACCUGCAAGAAGUCGUUCUCCCUCUCAUUCCGACUCAUCUCCAACAAAGAUCUCCAUCUCUCUCAAAGUUUCUGAGAUUGACGAUAAUUAUGAAGUUGCUGCUGAAAACAACGAGCAUUAA